AUGCUUCAACACCUACAAGACACAGAGGAACAAACUGAGGAACCUGAUCAUGCAGACGUGGCGGGAAUUCGAGAAGAAUUUGUUACAAAAAGCAACGCAGAACCCAAAAUUGCUCUACAGCUACCUCCGACGAACUACAAGGAACAGGCAUCAAACCUCUUGAUACAGACUACUGAUGGCGUUGAGAUCGCUGAUAGUAGGGAUAAAGCUGCGUAUUUUUCACGGUUUUUCCAAUCAGGCUACACAAACGAGGCCGAGUUCCUUCCUCCCUCCACAGAAGAACUGCCGACUCCAAGCGUCAUUGAAAUUCUCUUCUUAGAAGGCAUUGUUCGGAGAGAAUUAGACGCAUUGAACGAAUCGUAG